GUUGAGUGACCAAACUAUAAUUACACAUAAUUAAGGUAUUGUUUGGUUGGCACUGGCACUCGAGGACAAAAGAUAUUUUCUCGGAGGAACCGUGUAAUAAAAUCCCACAUUGAGGGGUAUUAUCGUCAAUUCGUCCUCCACGCAUGCCAAUUCGUAAAUUCCGCCACUACCCUUCCCCACUCAGAGAGAAGCACCACCUUUUCUGCUCAAAAACCCACCACCCACUUCCUCUGCCACUCUUCGCUCCCCGCUGCAGUAUUUAUAUGCAACUUCCUAAUUUUUUUACUUUCUCUCUCUAAAACAAACAAACAAACCUCCAUUAUAUUUUUCCAAUUUUUUUUUGGGUUCAGGUAGAGAGAGAAAAUGGUGGAUGAAUUCAUGGUGGUGUGCGUUGACAGGAUAAUAGCAUCAGCUGCAUGCUUCAAAGAACAAUCAUCAUCAUCAUCGCCCAACAACAACACUGAAACAGAGCAGAAAAAAGAAGAAAUUGCUGAUAAAGAUGGGAUUUUUAUGAAUGGGAAAAAUGGUGAGGGGACUUCUUUUUCUUCGGUGAAAGUCAAAGGGUUUUUGAGGGAGUGCAGAAUUUGUCAGGAGGAAGACGAUGAGAAAGAUAUGGAGGCUCCUUGUUCUUGCAACGGCACUCUCAAGUUUGCUCACAGGAAGUGUAUUCAGAGAUGGUGCAACAAAAAAGGUGACAUCACCUGUGAAAUAUGCAAUCAGGUUUUUUCACCGAAUUACACUUGCCCACCACCAAGAAUCAAUGCCGAUGUCUUGACUAUCGAUAUCAGACAAGCAUGGGGGUCCCACAUAGAUUUACGAGACGCUCGUAUAUUGGCCUUUGCAGCGGCUGAGCGUCAGUUUUUGCAAUCUGAGUACGACGAUUACGGCAUUACAAAUAGCAGAACUCUCACAUGUUUCCGCUCUGUCGCUAUUAUCUUGAUGCUGCUUUUGCUUAUUCGCCAAACUCUUAUGGUCACACGAGACUUUGGAAUGGUUCACGAAUCAUCAGUUUUCUUCCAAUAUCAGAUUUCGGCUCUUCAGCUAGCUGGUUUUCUUCUUCCUUGCUACGUGCUCGUUCGUUCAUGGUACAUCGUGCAAUGUCGAAGAAGGAGAUAGGGUUGAGUUGAGUUGAGUGAGAUCAACGGGAAUUGUUUCUGUGGCUGAGCUUUUUUUCCUUCAAGUUCGAAUCAUAUCGAAAAGACCUUAUGAACGGCGAUUUAACGGUGUUAAUUAAUUAGCAUUAGUUAAGGUGGUAAUGAUGUUUUAUUAUUAUUGUACCUGGGAACUCAAAAAGCUAAGUGUAAAUGUGAUUGUUGAGUUCACUAAGGUGCUUCUUUACUUUCUAUGUUUAAUCAAGAAAAGUCCCAUUAAAUUAUGUGCACAUAUUUUCUUGAA